AAUUAAAUAAAUUUGCAAUUACAAUUCGUCACAAAUCUCGUUCUUAUCGUGAAUAUUUGGUGAAACGAUCAAAACGUAUUGCUCAAAUGGCUAAUGAUCCUUUAGUUUGGAUAGAUUGUGAAAUGACUGGACUUGAUGUAGAGAAUGAUCAUAUUAUUGAAAUCGCCGUCCUGAUAACUGAUGGGAAAUUAAAUGUCUUAGCAGAG